CCGCCUUACGCCAGCAGCGCAGUCGGCAGCGCCGGGGGCGGACGGGCGCGCGGCGCGGGCGCGGGCGCAGCGACGUCGUGAAUCGCGGGCUGCGCGAGCCGUGAGUGUGCGCUUUUCCCGGGCCCGGCCGCGUCGCCCUGCCGGCAUGAGCUACGACCGCGCCAUCACCGUCUUUUCGCCCGACGGCCACCUCUUCCAAGUGGAGUACGCGCAGGAGGCCGUGAAGAAGGGCUCGACUGCGGUUGGCGUCCGAGGAAGGGACAUCGUCGUCCUCGGUGUGGAGAAGAAGUCGGUGGCCAGGCUGCAGGAUGAGAGAACCGUGCGGAAGAUCUGCGCCCUGGACGACAACGUCUGCAUGGCGUUCGCGGGCCUCACCGCGGACGCACGGAUAGUCAUCAACAGGGCCCGGGUGGAGUGCCAGAGCCACCGGCUGACCGUGGAGGACCCGGUCACGGUGGAGUACAUCACCCGCUACAUCGCCAGCCUGAAGCAGCGCUACACACAGAGCAACGGUCGCAGGCCCUUUGGGAUCUCCGCCCUCAUCGUGGGUUUUGACUUCGACGGCACCCCCAGACUCUACCAGACGGACCCCUCAGGGACCUACCACGCCUGGAAGGCCAAUGCUAUAGGCCGGGGCGCCAAAUCUGUGCGUGAGUUUCUGGAGAAGAAUUACACCGACGAAGCCAUUGAAACGGACGGUCUGACUAUUAAGCUGGUUAUCAAGGCCCUGCUGGAAGUGGUGCAGUCAGGCGGCAAAAACAUUGAACUUGCUGUCAUGCGGCGAGAUCAGCCCCUCAAGAUUUUAAAUCCUGAGGAAAUUGAGAAGUACGUUGCUGAGAUUGAAAAGGAGAAAGAAGAGAACGAAAAGAAGAAGCAGAAGAAGGCGUCGUGAUGAAUGGAAGCUCGCGCGCGGUGAUUUUUAAAUUUACACCACGGGCGAUUCUCAGAAUGACACGCAGGCGUCUCCCCUCCCGUCUUACUGUCCACGUGUGCCCUACAAUAAACCUGCACGUUUUUAACCUUU